AGCUAGUGGUGUAGUUCCAAUUGUUUAAUUGUUUGACAUACUUAAUAAGUUGUUUAACAAUUUCAACAAGAUGCGUUUGGUGUUUGUGUUUUUGUUAGCUUUUACUCUAAACUUUAGUAACGCUUUAAAAUGUCCUACUUGCGUAGGAAAAAAAUGCGCCGACCAAGAAACUGUUCCAUUUAAAGAAUGUCACCAUCAUGGUUUAAAUCCAAUUGAGUCGGAUGUUCUCCCAAAAUAUGGUUGCUUAGAAUAUCAGUACAUUAAGAAUGGAGAAACCGUAGACGUUAAAAGAUGUGCUAAAAUAAAUUUUCAAAAAAAUGCGUGUGAUGACAUGAAGAAGAGGGUUGAGAUAAAAAACUGCAGCGUUAAGCCAUCGCCGUCUCCAUCGCCCAACAGCAAAAGCGAAUUAUUCCACUCGUGGUAA